UUUUUUUUUUUAAAGUAUUUGCUGGUUAUUUAGAAAAGUAUCUUAGUUUGGGUAGUUUUCUAAUAUUAUUAAACUCGCUAUUAUUAAUGAUAUCUCACUAUCCACACACUUUUAAAUUGCCUAAAAUAUCCUAUUUUUAGACUAGACAUGCGGUUCCUACAUGAGUACGACGUCUCUUCAUUUAGUUCAAUAGUUGUAUUGUGUAGUACUCUCUCACCGUCCCUCUAAUAUCAUCCAUUGUGUCUUUUUUUUUUUUUUUGGUUUAAUUUGUCCCUUUAUUUUUGUUCCAAAUCAUAAUUAGUUUGAUAGAUCACACACAACUUCACUCUCAAAUACUUUCUGACUUCACUCUCAACUUUGAUCCGCUUUGAUGAUUUUGUUAAUGAAAACCGAAGUAUUACUGUAUUCUAUGAGGCAUUGCUACAAAGUCUAAUAGUUGAUAAAUUUCUGCAUAUUUCCUCAGCAGGUUUAUUAAUCAAUCAAAACUCAUAAAAUGGGACAUUUUUCAGUCCUAUCUUUGGUUCUUGGAAGUUUAGCCUUGUCAAGUAUUUUCGGAAUUCAUGCAGAAAGUCCGUAUAAAUACUACACUUGGACCGUAACAUAUGCAACGAUAUAUCCUGGGAAUUUCCCUCCACAAACGGGUAUUGUUGUUAAUGGCCAAUUUCCGGGUCCAACAAUUGAGGUCAACACCAAUGACAAUCUCAUUGUCACUAUUAUUAAUCAGUUGGACGAGCCAUUCCUCAUGACAUGGAAUGGAAUUUGGCAAAGAAAAAAUUCAUGGCAAGAUGGAGUACUUGGAACAAACUGCCCUAUUCCUCCAGGGCAAAACUACACAUAUACGAUGCAAGUCAAGGAUCAAAUUGGUACCUACAUGUACUUCCCUUCCACAUUGAUGCAUCGCGCUUCGGGUGGAUUCGGUGCCAUCAAUGUUUACAAAAGAUCUGUCAUUCCUCUUCCUUACCCUCAGCCAGAUGGUGAACACUCUUUCCUUGUUGGAGACUGGUACAAGACUGACCACAAGGUGCUUCAAAAUAGGCUAGAUAAUGGUGAUGCCAUGCCUAUGCCCGAUGGCCUACUUAUUAACGGUCUUCAAAACUUUAGUACUGAUAGAGUCUACACGGGUGAAGCUGGGAAAACCUACUUGUUUCGGGUGGCUAAUGUAGGGAUCAUGACUUCAAUCAACUUCAGGAUUCAAGGGCAUACAAUGAAGCUUGUCGAGGUUGAGGGAUCUCAUGUUCUCCAAGAAAUUUACGAGUCACUUGAUGUUCACCCUGGCCAAUCCUUAACUUUCUUGGUGACCUUCAAUGGUGCAAUCAAAGACUAUUACAUUGUUGCAUCGAGUCGUUUCACUAGACCGACUCUCACUACCACCGCAACCCUUCAUUAUGAAGGUUCAAAUAUUACUGUUUCUGGUCCUGCACCUAGUCCCCCUGCUUUUGAGGUUCACGGGUCCAUGAAACAAGCCAGAUCUUUUAGAAGGAAUUUAACUGCCAAUGCUGCAAGGCCGAACCCCCAAGGAUCGUUCCGUUAUGGGGAAAUUAACAUAACAAGGACAUUAGUUUUGGCCAAUUCAGCUGAAAAGGUCAACAACAAGUUGCUUUAUGGUGUUAAUGGUGUUUCCUACGUGAAUCCAACCACACCACUCAAGCUUGCUGACUAUUACAACAUUCCUGGUGUUUUCGACAUCAACACGAGUAGGGACAAUCCCACACCCGGCCCUAUGGUCCAAGGCACCACAGUAUAUGGCUUGGCUCUUCAUGAUUUUGUAGAAAUAGUCUUUCAAAAUAACGAGGCUACCACUCAGUCUUGGCAUCUUGAUGGCUACAAUUUCUUUGUUGUCGCAUACGGAUCAAACCAAUGGAGUCCAGUAAGUAGGAAAAAUUACAAUUUGGUGGAUGCUAUUUCAAGAAGUACUGUCCAGGUGUUUAGAAACUCAUGGACAGCAGUAUUAGCAUCUCUAGAUAACAAGGGAAUGUGGAAUUUGAGAUCAGCGAUUUGGCAUCGACAGUACUUAGGACAACAAGUUUAUUUGAGGGUUUGGAAUGACGAAACAAGCCUCACUACCGAAUAUGACAUCCCUCCAAAUGCUCUCAAAUGUGGAAAGGCUACCAUAUAAUCAAAUUUUUUUUACUUACAGUGCUAUACUCAUAUACGCAAAAAUUAAUUAAGUGUAUUGUUUUAAACAUUGGGAGGACUCUGUGUACCAAUUGCACCAUAGCUAGAGUGAAUGUAUUUUUAGAAAGGUUUCCAUACACACCGAGAUAUAUAAUUUAGCCUAUAUUAUUAUUGUUUAGGCAAAUCUCAAUGACAUACGAGAAUCUGCUAGGUUUGAGGGGUAAUAACAAUCAUACUACCAAAAGCAUAUAAAUAACUAAGAACAAAAAUGAAUCAACAAGUAAUCAAUAAGUAGGCAGUAAAUAUUCGAUUAUAUAAAGAAGAUGAGUUUAGAGAUACAAUACUGAGUAAGGACAGACCUCCUUGUUCAGUAAAGACGUAGUUCCGUAGAUAAAAGUAGAGUAAUUCUGUUAUAUUUAAGUGUAUGCGUGUGUACAUGAAUGCUAAAAUUGUCUAAUUAUGCUUAUUUAUACCUAGGGAUCUCUAGGGUUUACAAAUAUCUUCAGAAUAUAUUUGAAAUGGGGAAGAUCUUCUUGAUUUAUCUUCUUCCCUGUUCUGUAGGUGUAUCUUUGGCAAGUAUCUCCUUAAUUGAUAUGCAUGAUGCUACUUUCCUUGUUUACUUCAAUCAAGCCGUUUUGCAUAUUCUUGCUGACUUAUUGGUCUUGGAUUGAUGCCCUAGAUGUAAUGGGUCGUGUGAUAAUACGGGCCCAACAAUUGCCCCUAAUUUUUAUUUUCAAGUAUUUGGAAGUGAAAAUUACUUAAAAAGCCUUUGGGAGGAUUUUGAAUUUUUCAGAAAUUACUUCAACGGUUAGCAAAAUAGGAAACGUGAUGGCAUUUUUAAGGCAACUUCCUCGAUAACCGUUCGUGGCGGUUUAUUUCUUUUUUUUUUGGUAUUUAUUGGGUGUGCAGGCUCUUGUCUAAUCACUUCAUUGCUUUGCCCCAAUUUCGGUUUUCACCAGGUAUUUUCUCUUCUUUCUCUAUUUCUUUACUCCGUUGUUUUUCUUUUUGUUUUGCGAUGGGUAGUCAUGUGAAAGUGGUGUUUGUUGGGGUGGAUGAGGGUGUGAAAAAGCCUAACUUAAUGGCGCAGAACGUCUUCCCUGCUAAGGAUGUCUAUCCUUCUACCAUCAUGAAAGAGGAAGUUCUGAACAUCGCUGCUAUUGCGCGAUUCCCUGAUGGGAUUAUGGUGAAAAUCCCAUCUUCUAGGGAGAGGGCUGAUUGGACUGCCCCUGGUUGGAUGUGUUUCUUCGAGUAUCCCUUUGUAAUUGGGCAUACUUUCCCUUUUUCUGCUCUUGUUCGUCAAUAUCUUUCUAGGGUUAGGGUUUCACCUUGUCAGUUAUUGCCCCAAACUUGGAGGGUUUUGCGAAUUUUGGAUUUGCUAAGUGCAAAAUUGGGUAUAGAGCUUGAUGUAAGGGACUUGUGUUAUCCUUACACUAUUAGAACCAGUGGUAAGGGUCGGGUUGGUCUUCGUUUGAAGGAUGGUGUUGGUCCUUUGGUGACUGACUUGGAGAAGGCGUUUGAUAAGAAGUUGUAUCACAAGUUCUUCUUUGUGAGGAUUGACUCGUUGGGUGAUGAUUGUGGUUUUUUUAUUGACACUGUUGAGGCUGAAGGUAUUUUGUUUUCUUAUUCUCCUAUGUUUAGCUCUCCUUCUUUGUUGAUUUGGGCUUAUUUGCUUGAUGGUUGCAGUGAGUAAAUUGAAGCAGCGUUCUCAAUCUCCGUCCUUGGUAGACAAGUUGUACGAGUUGAGUGUAGACGAGAGAUCUUUCAUCAAGUUGACGUAAUCAGAGGCGGUUAUCCAGAUCAAGUCUUUGGACGAUUCUGAUUCUGAGCAGAAAGUUGCCCCAACUAUGUCUCAAGGUGUGUUCUUCUUUUUUCCUUUUCUGUUUGUGGUUUCUGUUGUGUUCUUCCUUGUGGAUGCGUCCUGUUGUGAAUUUGUUUUGCUUUUGUUGAAGAUUUACUUAGCUCUUAAUUUGUUUAUCCUUUUUGAGGCGGUUAUGUAUUUUGCUGAGUAUAUUUGUCGUGUUCAUUGUUGUAUUCCCUUUUGAAUUCUGCCAUGUUCUUUGCAGAUACUUCGAGGUCACUAAGGUCUCAUGACCUUCUUAGCUCAUCUUCCCUUUUGGGACGCCUUAAGCAUCGCUCUUCUUCUCAAACCACUGAAGUCGUUCCUCUUAACACGGUGGCUCCAAAGAGUGGUGUUCCUCCGCCUCCACCUCGUAUUGGCCUUAAGAGGAAGCUGGGGGUACCUAUUGAUGUUGAUGCUGCUGAUUUCUCUUUUGAUUCUUUGGCUCCGCAUGUGGACACCUUACUGUUUCCGUCCUUCAAGGAUCGUCAGUCCUCGCAGACUUUCACUGACCUUUCUCAAGAGGCUGCUGUGCAGUCUUUCCAGGUAUGGUAUACUCC